AUAAAUGCGGUGCGGAUUGAUACCUUUUGGUGAAGAGGACAGUGCAAGGCAGCUGGUCGAAGGUUAAUUGAGCUCUUUGUCAGGACUGGAUUCUCGAGGUGUGGAUGUUUAUAGUUUUGGUGGAUUUAAAAAAGGGUUGAAUUAAGUAGACAUGUCCGGACGUGCGCGAUCCAGAUCCCGUGGCAGAGCGCGCGGCCAAGAGAUUGGAGCUCCAGGCGCGCAACCACCUCCGCCUCAGGAGGCAGCUCGACCUGCGCGGCUGCCGCCCUCUGAGGGAGAGCCCAUAAUAGGGAGGGGAAGACAGAAAUCAGCCCCAGGGGCUGUGACAGCGGAAGCCGUUCUCCAGAUUUCCGCAGGUUUCCAGCAAGUGAAGCUCGGUGAGAGAGGAGGACGCAGGCGGGACUUCCAUGAUUCUGGAGUCAACACUCGGCAACUGAUGGAACAUGUCAAGGAGUCCAAGACGGGAUUGUCUGGAUCACCCAUUGAGCUCAGGGCCAACUAUGUGCGCCUGCUGUCUCGGCCCCAGUGGGUUCUGUAUCAGUACCAUGUGGACUUUAAACCUCAUAUGGAGUCUCGGCGCUUGCGCUUUGCGCUGCUCUAUAAUCACGAGGAACUCCUGGGCAAAGCGAAGACCUUCGAUGGAAGCAUUCUCUUCCUGCCUCAUCGUCUUUCUAACACUGAGACGGUGCUGUGGUCUGAGAGCAAGAAGGGAGAGAAAGUCCAGAUCACUGUCACGCUGACCAACGAACUGCCUCCAUCCUCACCCGUGUGCCUGCAGUUCUACAACAUUAUCUUCAAGAGGAUUCUGAAGAUUCUAAACAUGCAGCAGAUCGGCCGUCACUAUUACAACCCCGAGGACCCCCUGAACAUCCCUCAGCACAGGUUGACCAUCUGGCCUGGCUUUGUGACCAGCAUCCUGCAGUAUGAGUCCAGCAUCAUGCUGUGUCUUGAUGUGAGCCAUAAGGUUUUGCGCAGCGAGACUGUUCUUGACUUCAUGGGCAAUCUGAGACAUCAGUGUGGAGACCAGCGCUUUGUGGACAUCUGCACCAAGGAGCUGGUCGGCGUCAUUGUUCUCACCAAGUACAACAACAAGACGUACAGGAUCGAUGACAUUGCUUGGGACCAAACUCCCAACAACACCUUUACGAGAGGAGACACUGAUAUAAGUUUCAAUGAGUACUUCAGUUCGAGAUACGAUCUGCAGAUCACUGAUAGGAACCAGGUUCUGCUGGUAAGUCACAUUAGGAGGUUGGGUCCUGCAGGGGCUCCUCCACCAGGACCUGUCUUACUCAUCCCGGAGUUCUGCUACCUCACAGGUCUGACUGAUAAGAUGCGCAAUGACUUUAACAUCAUGAGGGACCUUUCCACUCACACCAGACUGACCCCAGAACAGCGGGAGAACCGCCUCAACAGAUUCAUCAACAGCAUGAACAGGAAUGCCAGUGCUCAGACUACGCUCAGCACAUGGGGUCUAAGCUUUGAGAACAAGCUGCUGAAGCUGACUGGAAGAGUUCUUCCUGCUGAGAGGAUCCAACAGGGAGCCAGAGCAUACGAGUACAACCCGUGGGUCGCGGAUUGGUCUAAAGAGAUGCGAGGUCUUCCUCUGAUGACCAGCAUGCCUCUGGAGAACUGGCUGCUGUUCUAUACGCGCCGUAACGCUGAUGUCGCUCACUCACUGCUGCAGACCCUCAACAAAGUGUCGGGGCCCAUGGGCAUACGCCUUCAGAGGCCGGGAAUGGUCGAGUACGAUGAUCGGCAGGAGGCUCUGCUGAGAGCUCUGCAGCAGAACGUGGGGCAACAAGUUCAGAUGGUGGUUGUGAUCCUGUCAACCAACCGUAAGGAUAAAUACGAUUGUGUGAAGAAGUACCUGUGUGUGGACUGUCCCACUCCAAGCCAGUGUGUGGUGGCUCGUACCCUCAGCAGACCUCAGACCCUCAUGACCAUAGCCACAAAGAUCGCCUUGCAGAUGAAUUGCAAGAUGGGAGGAGAGCUGUGGAGCGUCGAGAUCCCGUUGAAGCACCUGAUGAUUGUUGGUAUUGACUGCUACCACGACACUGCCGCAGGAAAGAGAUCCAUCGGUGCACUGGUGGCCAGCCUCAACCAGAGCAUGUCCAGGUGGUUUUCAAAGUGUGUUCUGCAGAGCCGUGGUCAAGAGAUCAUCGAUGGACUCAAAGUGGCUCUGCAGGCUGCUCUGAAGGCCUACUUCAGAUUCAACAAAUGUUUGCCAUCACGCAUCAUUGUGUACCGAGACGGCGUGGGCGACGGCAUGCUGCUGAGCGUAGUUGACUACGAAGUGCCUCAGAUCAUGCAGUCCAUCAAGGCCAUGGGCGCAGAUUACACGCCCAAACUGACCAUGUUGGUGGUGAAGAAACGCAUCUCUUCCAGAUUCUUCGCUCUCCUCGACGCCAGACUGAGCAACCCUCCUCCCGGGACAGUCAUCGACGCCGAAGUCACGCGACCCGAGUGGUACGACUUCUUCAUCGUGAGUCACACAGUGCGCUUUGGCAGCGUGGCCCCCACUCACUACAACGUGGUGUACGACAGCAGUGGCCUCAAACCAGACCACAUGCAGAGACUCACCUACAAACUCUGCCACAUGUAUUACAACUGGCAGGGGAUUGUGCCAGUUCCUGCGCCCUGUCAGUACGCCCACAAACUGGCUUUCCUGAUUGGUCAGAGCAUCCACAGAGAGCCCAACAUCAACCUGGAUGAGUUGCUCUAUUAUCUGUGAAAGGACACGCGUCACCGUCUGGCAACUUGUCAGUGACUCAGCAACUUGUGUUGAUUAUUAAUGUUAAUGUGUUGAUUGAUGUUUCUAGUUUUGGGACACUUGCAUCCAAUCAAGCAUGUCAGCCCCCCCCCCCCAUUUAGAAACAUAAAAAUUGAGAAAUAGCUGUUUAGUUUUUCUUUUUGUAAAAUGCAAUGUAAUUUGUCAAGCGUUAGGUUUUAUUUCACCUGUUAAUUUUGUUCUUUGGUUAACUGUUUAAGUUCAAUAAAUAUGGCAAAAUAUUUAUGGUUAAGGAUGGUUAUAAAUAUGGUUAAAUAAAUAUUGCUUGUAGAGCG